UAGACCCACUGACACCUACCGGCCGUUGCGUAGUCGCUGUCCAGCAGGCAAACUGAUAAGUGUGCUCUCGCCUUUUUCGCAAAACAGUGAAAUCCCGUACACAGCGCUAGAAGCCAUGGGUGAACGCACCGAUACGAUCGCUGGGCUGGACGAUAUUGCCGUACCGGAGUACAUCGACGAACGGUUGGCUGCGAAAGCGCUCGUCAACGGGCUGGGCCUUCAAUCGGUGCGCAUUGUCGAGUGUAAAAUAACGCGCGCCACCGCCAACGGUGACAAUUACAUGAGUGAUGUGUUUCGGCUCGCAGUCCGUUACGUUGCCGAGCAGUCGGGCGACGAGCGCACCGUCUCGCUGGUGGUGAAAAGUCUUCCCGCGACCGGUCAACGCGGCCCCAUGAUCGAAGAAGUGCAGGCGUACACGAAGGAAGCGACCAUGUUCCGGGACGUUGUGCCCGCACUUUCCCAGCUGACCGGCGGCACGUUCUUUGCCGCGCGCUGCUUCUACGCCUCCGACCUGCCUGAGCGGUUGCUAGUGUUUGAGGACCUGAAAGCGCUCGGCUACGUGACGGUAAACCGGCAGGCCGGGCUAGACUUUGAGCACUGUGCGCUUGUGAUGCGCAAGAUCGGCCAGUUCCAUGCUGCGUCGAUGCGCUUUGCCGAGCAGCGGUUGGAGCUGCUGCAGCGCCAGUUUCACUUCAACAUGUUCAAUCCGGACUACGGUGAGGCGUCGGGACAGCUGCGUACCAUCUUCGAGAAGGGGCUGGAAGCGCUGAUUGCCGUCGCCAGGGAGCGGUGGGACGGGUUCGAUCAAACGAUCGUGCAAAAGCUGGAACGGCUGGCGCCGGUGUACGUCGAUCGGUUGCGCGCGUGUCUAGAGCAGGACUGCGAGGCGGACGGUGGCUACCGGGUGCUGAACCACGGUGAUCUGUGGUCGAACAAUAUGCUGUUUCGCUACGAUCCGACCGUACCGACGACCGUGCAGGAUGUGGCGUUCGUCGAUCUGCAAAUCAGUUUCUACUCGAGCCCGGGCGUGGAUCUAAACUAUGCGCUUGCCAACUGUCCGAACUACGAGACGCGGGCGCGGCUGGACGAGCUGAUCGAGCUGUACUACGCCUCGUUCCGGGACACGCUGGAGCAGCUCCAGUACACGGCCCGGCCCAUCCCGUCGCUCGCCGACGUACGGCGGGAGAUAAGGCGGAUGGAAUUUUUUGCCCUCGUGUCGGUCGUCUCCGUGCUGCCGAUCGUGGUGAUGGACCACACGGACGAGCUGGUGGCCAACUUUGAAAAUCUCAUCGACGGCAAGGAUGCAGCGAGAGCGCGCGACAUACAGUACAAUGGGGUGAACUAUCAGCGCAUCGUGCGUCCGAUGCUGAUUGAAUUCAAUCAGCGCAAGAUGCUAGACAUUUAGACAGACAAGGGGAACCGGCGUUCUUUGGUUGCUUUUGUCGUCGUUUGAUAAGAUCCCUUCAGCAGGUUGCAAAAGUGAGAUAGAAGCUCCAUCGCGGACAAUAUUAUCAAUUUAUAAGGUCCAAGGUCAUUGAUGGAGACAUGGAGUAUCUUUGUUUAGACGAUUAUGUGGAGUUUUCUGUGGUCAAAAGUGCUAUAUUUUUGCAAAGUUUUGUUACUUGAUAGCAGUAUUACUUGCUUUCAUGCAUCGAAACUGUCUUUUGUUCAGAAGAUUCCAGUGUUUCCCAAGUGAUUAGAAGGAAAUAUUGCAAAUAUCAGUAAAAAACGUUUCAACAGUAUCUAUGGUAACGCUAAUGAUCUGUCAUCGGUUGCUUUGACAUUCAUUUGCAGAAGAAUACAAAAUAGGUCGGAAUGGUAUUUUACUAGAGAAACACUUUGUAUUCACAAUGCAGUCAUGAGCUACACCAAAUAAAGUGACACAACUUUUACCGAAA